AUUUCUGGCGUUAUUGUGUCUAUAAAUAUGGAUGUUAAUUUGUGUUAAUAUAUCGUUAGUGAUAAUUAUAGUAGUAAAAGGAAUUUACGCAGGAUGGCCUUAGGAUGGACACCCAUUUAAUUGUUGACCCAGUUAAGAAAAAUUGUUCAAAUAUAUACAUCCCUGUAGUAUCAUUCCUCCUCCUCUUCCUUCUCUAUUUGUAGCUAAAACUCCUGGCGAUUCGUCAAAGAUCUAUGACCAAAUUUUGGUGAUCACCAUAACAUCAUGUGUUUGGUGAAUUUCUACGCAACAUGUUAAGAUGAUCACCAGGAUUAAUUUGAUAGGAAUCCAGACUAUCACCAUAAUUUGUUUCAGAAAUGGGAGCUGGUACUUGCGGAGAAGUUGAACGUACAAUGUUCCAAAAAUCAGCAGAUAGUGAUUGCAAGAGAGAAGGAAAACAUGUAGGAGCUAUACCUAUAAUCAUGGGUGGAAAUUUAAGAGCAGCUAAUCAAUUUGAACUGAUGGCCCCCUCAAUUGCAUUCAAAUCAUAUCCCUAUUCAGAAGUACCACAAUAUUCUGGUGGCAAUGUGACUGUUGCUUGUCCCGAGCCUAUGGUAAAUCAAAAUAUAGAAAGAUCAGCAGUGCAUCAUAAUGGUAGAAUGAUAUUGCCGGCUGAAGUGAAGGAGGAGCCAAUGUAUGUAAAUGCCAAACAGUACCAUGGAAUUAUAAGGCGAAGGCAACUCCGUGCUAAGGCUUUGUUGGAGCAAAAAGUUGUAAAAUCAAGAAAGCCUUAUCUUCAUGAAUCUCGGCACCGGCAUGCGAUGAGAAGAGCUAGAGAUGGUGGAGGCAGAUUUCUCAACACAAAGAAGAAGAUUCAAUCUACUACUAAUGGCAAUAAUGAUAAUGCAACUCCAAACAGUGAAGGCAAAGGUUCAUUGAACUCUGAUUCUUCUCAAAGUUACUUAGUCAAUUAUGGACAUGAUAUUGGAUCAUCAAAUAGUAGUGCUAUUGAGGGAUUUCUGUACCAAGGAAUAGAUGAUAAUAGUACAGAAAAUCUUCAACUGGGUUGUUGUCAUUAUCAGUGGAACCUCAAUGACAACCAUAGCAAUUGCAUGCAGUCACAAGCGCGCUUCUAAUCUCCAGCAUUUCUAAAGAGUCGUUCUGCCAGACGUCUAGUAGUCUUUGACUUAGUAUUUGAAUCGUAAAUCUCAGUGCACGUACAAGGCGUUUCCCAUCUGACUGAUCUACUAUAGUUUAAUUUUCUAUUUUGGGAGUUAUGUAAAUAUCCAAUAUUCCUGCAGCUGUAACUUUAUCUGAAAUAUACAAUACUGUGGUAGUAUAGUAUCAGUUUUGGGUUUGUCAGUGGGCC